GGCGCUGAAGUUUUGUAUGUUUUUGUUUUGUUUGUAAAGUGAUUUACGGUUAAUAUAUUUGUUAAAAAGUACAAUCUCACCAUGCCAACACCUGCAAAAUUUGACGCAGUAGUUCCGCUUCCCGGGAGAGAAGAAUGUUUGCAAAAUACAAUGGCUUCUUGUGAUUCAAGUUUGUUUAAUAAAGAUGUUUCAAACGAAAAUUCUGAUUGUGCCGAGUUGCCUUUAGUUGUUGUCCUUGAUAAAGAAGACACUCGCGCAGGAAAUGUGAAAGAUGAAACAGUAUCAAAAGGUAGACUUUCAACGCUGAUCAAGGGAUGGUCAACAGUCUCCUCAAAAUUUUCCAGACGAGAUAGCUGCGAAUUCACAACAUGUGUUUCCCCAUGCGUGAGGAAAGCCACAACACAUCUACAACAGUUAAAAGAUCAUAUUGCAAAUCUUACUCCUAUACAAGAGGAAUGGACAUCAAAUCUAGUUGACUGCCACCAUCCAACUGAAGGUACUACAGAAAAUCCCCCAAACGGUGAUCAUUGCCUCAUGUCAUGUGCGGAUACAUCUGCUCCCUCAAGUAUUGAGUUUUCAUCUAUUCGAUAUUCCCCAUUGUCCGAGAUUGUUCCUUAUGAUAAUGACCAAGAAUUUCAAUCUUCAAAUCAUUCUCUGUCACAGGACAGGCCCAUUGAAACAUCACCAACAUUACAGAGUGAACUAACACUAGUUUCUGCAGACAAGGUCAGCUCAGCUGCGCUGCCUGCGCACCACAUUGGUUAUGACGUUGUUGAUGAAGUAAUGAAAUUAUUGAAGAGAAUGGAAGAUGAUAGACUGAGCACGCAGCAAAUGCUAGUGAAUGAAAGACAACGUGUAAGCCAUUUAGGAACUCAGAUUGAUGAGUUUGCUUUCAAACGAUUGCUAGAACUUCCUGUUGCUGUUCAAAGAGAGCAUGAAUCUUGUGCAAUUGACAUCAAUGAAUUAAAGUGGCACUGCGCCUAUCAAGGACGAUUAGAGGCUAGGUUAAGAAGAAAAGUUGAUCAGGCAGAAUUGCAUCAUUUAAAAAUCAUUGGUGAGUUGGAGUCUUCCAAAGAGAGUUGUCCAUUAGUUCGAGAGAAGUUAGAAAUUGAGGAUAUUGCAAUGGCAAGUAUCCAGUCAAAACAAGAUGAAACUGAUGAGGAAUUACGACAAACAUUGAAGCGUCUUGAAGCAACUCAAAUGAAGACGAAACAAGCGAAAAAGCUGGCUGCUCAGGAAAGGAUAUUAAUCAAGCAAGAUGUGGAUAUAUAUCGAAAUCUACUUAAUGAAGUCAGUGAUGAGCUGGCCCAGCUGAGAAUGAACUACACAUCAAAUGUUCAUACUAUCAGUGAUAUGAAGAAUACAUUGAAAGAAAAUGCUGAACAAUGUGUGAACCUAGAAAAACGUGAAGAAAGAGUUAAAGGUCAAGAGGCAGGACAACACGACAAGGUUGGAAAAUUAAGAGAAAAGAUUGUGUAUCAGACUUCAGAGCACUCUAGAUUGACAGAGGAAAAUGAACAGUUGAAGAAGGAUAAUCUUAUCAUGGAGAGUGAAUACCAGUCUUCGAUUACAAAACUAAGGAUAGAAAUAAAACAAUACGAGAUUCAAGUGAGAGAAUUAUCGCGAAGAAACAAAGGAAUGAGGGACGACAUGGACAAUACUGUGAAGAACACUGAAAAACUGAAAAAGCAGAGAACUUCAGAAAAGAAAGCGUUAAUCAGAGGUGGUCAGGAAGCAGAGAAGAUAAAACAGCACAUUGAGAUGAUGAACGAAGAAGCAAAGAAACUGAAAACUUUAAAUCAUUCACUAAAAAUAUCAAAAGCAAGAGUAGAAGAAGAUUUCUUUACUGAGGAAGAGUCUUUGAAGAGUUCAGAACAAUCGUUGAGGAAUCAGCUAAAGGAAGAGUCGAACAACAGGACGAUACUUCAGGCACGAAUUGCAACAGACACAUCGGAUUUACUAAGAUCGCGUCUGGACUCAAAGAAAAAGAAAGAAAAGAUGUCUCGACAAGCACAGGACGCUGAUAAAGUUUUGAUACGCAUUCGGGAACAAGUUGAAAAAUUAGAAAAAGAACACGCUCAGAGAAAAGAUACUAUUUCACAGAUCAAUGAUGUUCUCGGCAAGUUGAAUCAGCAACGAGUUGAUGUGGAAUCAAAAUACAGAGCAAAGAUUGCAGAAUUAAGACCCAAGGAAGAACAGGGAAAGCAAAAAACGCUGGAACUACAGCAGAAUAUGGACCACAUUCAAUGGAGAUCCGAUAUGAUGACAAAGAAAAUGAAAGAUAUGGCAUCUUCGACCGUUAUGAUGCGUCGACUCAUUCACUCGACUGAAGCAGAAAUUGACGAGUUAGAGGAAGACAGCAAGGAAGUUAAACUUCGUCUUGAAGCAAGCAUUGCUGUCAUGGAUAAUUUAAAACAAGCCAUCUAUGAUGCAGAAGAACGUUUAUCUUGUACACAAGGAAAACAUGUUUCUCACAUGAACAACCGAACCACGAUACUAGAGGAAACAUCGAUUGCUCUUGAAGAAAAGUUGGCAGAAAACAAAGAUCUAGCCGAAAGAUAUCAAAGUCUUUGUUGUCAAUUUUUGAAAGUAAAAGAGUUGUUUUUUACAAAUUACGAAAAAAUAGUUAACGAAGAAACUCAUUUAAAAGAUCACAGGGAGUUACAUACGUUACAGGGACGGCUACGCACUUGCCUUCAACACUACUACAAGUUACGCGGUUUGAACAGCAAGUAUCAGGUAGCACAGUUUCAGCUUAGCAGCAAAAAAAAUAACGAUAAGCUCUUUGAUCUGCAACAAGAAUUAACUGCCGUCGUAAAACAUAUCAACAAUUUUUUAGAAAGCACAUCCGAUGGUCAUAAAAACACGUCUUUAGGGGAGUCUUGUAAAAUACGUGCGAUGCCUAUGGCGUGAUAUAACAUUUUCAUUUAGGUAUAGAUAUAGAGAUUCUAGCAUAUCAUCAGCUUAUCUCCAAAGCAUCAAAAUCAGCCUUAAAAUGUUAUAAUGAUACUUAAAGUUUUGCUUUUCCAAUAUCAUUCGACGGUACGAGCUGUUUUUCACCGACUUUUAGGGGCUGUUUACAUGAGCCCGGUUACCCGAGAUUCAACGAAGCGUGAAAUGAUUUUGAGGUAUUGAAAUGA